GCUGGGCGGGCGGCGAUGGAGGCUGCCGGUGCUGUGCGCUUCCUACUGGUGGUGUGCGGCUGCCUCACGCUCGGGCCAAGGGCCGAGUCUGUGUGCCCCGAACGCUGUGACUGCCAGCAUCCCCAGCACCUCCUAUGUACAAACAGGGGCCUCCGCGCCGUGCCCAAGACCAGCUCGCUGCCGAGCCCCCAAGACGUGCUCACCUACAGUCUUGGGGGCAACUUCAUAACCAACAUUACAGCUUUCGACUUCCACCGCCUGGGACAGCUUAGACGGCUGGACCUACAGUACAACCAAAUCCGCUCUCUGCACCCCAAGACCUUCGAGAAGCUGUUGCGACUGGAAGAACUCUACCUGGGAAACAACCUUCUGCAGGCACUUGCCCCAGGCACUCUGGCUCCUCUGUGCAAACUGCGUAUUCUCUAUGCCAAUGGGAACGAGAUCAGCCGCUUAAGCCGAGGCUCCUUCGAGGGCCUGGAGAGUCUGGUUAAACUGCGGCUGGACGGGAAUGCCCUAGGGGCGUUGCCGGACGCUGUCUUCGCCCCGUUGGGCAAUUUGCUGUACCUACAUCUGGAAUCCAACCGGAUCCGCUUUCUGGGCAAGAAUGCCUUCACCCAGCUGAGCAAGCUGCGCUUCCUCAACCUCUCUGCCAACGAGCUGCAGCCUUCCCUGCGCCACGCCGCCACCUUCGCACCGCUGCGCUCCCUCUCCACCCUCAUCCUCUCGAGCAACAGUCUGCAACAUCUCGGGCCGCGAGUCUUCCAACACCUGCCGCGUCUCGGCCUACUGUCUCUCAAGGGCAAUCAGCUCACGCACCUCGCACCAGAGGCCUUUUGGGGGUUGGAGGCCCUGCGUGAAUUGCGCCUGGAAGGCAAUCGGCUGAGCGAGCUGCCCGAGGCGCUGCUGGAGCCCCUGCACAGUCUGGAGGCGCUAGAUCUGAGCAGCAACGAGCUGUCUGCUCUGCACCCCUCUAUCUUUGGCCACCUGGGCCGGCUGCGCGAGCUCAGCCUACGCGACAAUGCACUCAGCGUCCUCUCUGGAGACACCUUCGCCGCCAGUCCGGCUCUCUACAGGCUAGAUCUAGACGGCAACGGCUGGACCUGUGACUGCAGGCUACGCGGCCUGAAGCGCUGGAUGGGAGACUGGCACUCGCAGGGUAGGCUUCUCACUGUCUUCGUACAGUGUCGCCACCCACCGGCCCUGAGGGGCAAGUACCUGGAUUACCUGGAUGACCAACAGCUGCAGAACGGAUCUUGCACGGAUCCGUCUCCCUCCGUUUACCCCACCAACGGGGAUAGUCGGUGGUCCCCAACCACAGCUACGCGGGAGAUGGCACCCCCUACAGGUAGCGUUGCUGUAGACCUGCCACCGCAGCCUCAACCGCACCAGCGGGGGAGAUUUUUGCCUGGGUUGGCCUGGGAUGGGACCGCCAGGGAGCUCUUGGGCAACCGCAGCGCUCUGAGGCUGAGCCGGCGGGGCCCCGCCCUCCAGCAACCUGGCCCCUCCGCUGUUGCUGUGGACCCAGCGCCACACCCUGUGGACCUUCUGGAGAAACCCGAGAGGGGACGUCCAACUCCGGCCAAUCCUACCCACGCAGAGCCCACCCAGACUGCCGUGCCCAGCCCUGCAUCACCACCCGCAGGCGAUCCCUGGCAGCGCGCAGCUAAACAGCGCCUGUCUGCAAAGCAGCAAGAAAGCGCCGCCCACUCCGACGGCGGGGUCGGCCUGCCACCUCUGGUGUCAGACCCUUGCGACUUCAACAAGUUUAUACUGUGCAACUUAACCGUAGAGACAGUGAGCGCAGACAGCGCCUCAGUGCGCUGGGCUGUGCGCGAGCACCGCAGCCCCAGACCACAGGGCGGCGCGCGCUUCCGCCUGCUCUUCGACCGCUUUGGACAGCAGCCCAAGUUCCACCGCUUCGUCUACCUGCCAGAACGCAGCGACUCGGCUACCCUGCGCGAGCUUCGCGGAGAUACCCCGUACCUGGUGUGCGUGGAGGGCGUGCUCGGGGGCCGGGUCUGUCCGGUGGCCCCCAGGGACCACUGCGCCGGACUGGUCACUCUUCCGGAGCCCGGGAGCCGAGGCAGCGUUGACUACCAGCUGCUGACCUUGGCCCUGCUGGCUGUCAACGCGCUGCUGGUGCUCUUGGCCUUGGCGGCCUGGGCGUCGCGGUGGCUGCGGAGGAAGCUGAGGGCCAGAAGGAAGGGCGGGGCACCAGUGCACGUUCGCCACAUGUACUCCACCCGAAGGCCCUUACGCUCCAUGGGCACCGGAGUGUCUGCCGACUUCUCUGGGUUCCAGUCCCACCGGCCGCGCACCACCGUGUGCGCACUCAGCGAGGCCGACCUCAUCGAGUUUCCCUGCGACCGCUUCAUGGACAGUGCGGGUGGUGGUGCGGGCGGAAGCUUGAGACGGGAUGACCAUCUCCUACAGCGAUUUGCCGACUAGGUCCAGAACCCCCAGAAGAUGUGGAAACCACCACAGCUCAGGGGGGCCCUCACCCUGCCUGAGGAGAAGAUCUCAUUUAAUCAGACCUUCUCCUUUCCUUGUUUUGUACACUUGCCAGAGAGGCCAAAAGGGACAGACAACCCAUUUGGCCACCACCACCAGCCCUGUUCCGAGAAGUCACUCAUAGAGUAAAUGGAUGGCAUGGGUGGUCAAGGCCAAGUUGUGGAGGCAAAUGGAUGAUGGGGUCCAGAGUUGGGAGGUUGUCUUUAUGUGGAGACCUUGGUGCAGCUUUAAGAAUGGCAUUGGUGGCAUUGGUGCUGUACACUAGCCUGGCCCCCCUGAAGGUUUGAAAAGGGUGCUUGAGCCCCCAACAGGGCCAGAAAGAGGUUUGGAUGCAUUGCCUUUUGUUUGUCAAACAGAAGGAUUUUCUUUCUGUUUAAGGAAAAAGGAACUUAUUACCAUUAUAAAGAAGCCUUGGCAACUGGCCCCACUGGCUCUGUGGUCUCUGCCAAGAAGGGUGAUGUCGUAAACAGGUGGUAAAGUUUAACACACUCCAAGGAACUCUUUCAUGUUGAUUAAUAGAACAU